AUGAUAAUUUAUGUGAUGAAGAUUUUUCGCUCCUACACCUAAAUAUUCGUAGUCUUCAACGUAAUCUAAACAGCCUUUCUAUUCUAUUGACAUGCUUGAAUAUUAAGUUCUCUUUAAUUGGCGUUUCUGAGACUUGGCUAAAUGAUUAUUCCCAUUCAGUAGACAUAGAUGGUUUCAAUUUUAUUCACAAACAUCGCCCAAAUAGAACUGGUGGUGGUGUUGGCUUAUAUAUUUCUGACAAUCUCGAUUUUAAAAUUCGCGCUGACUUGAGUUUUGACGAUAUUGAUGUUGCAGAAUCUUUGUUUAUUGAAAUAUCAAGACCCCAUGGGAAAAAUAUUAUCGGUGGCGUUAUUUACAGGCCACCUAAUCAGAGAGUUGGUGACUUUGUGUCAAAACACAAUGAUCUGUUAGCGAAAAUCUCUAGAGAGAACAAAAUAUGUUUUAUUAUGGGUGAUUUCAAUUUGAAUUUAAUUAACUUUCAACAUCACCAAAACACUGGCGAAUUCCUUGAUGGAUUGCACUCGUAUAUGUUUUUUCCCAUGACAACACGUCCCACCCGAAUAACUUCUCACACCGCAACAUUGCUAGAUAACAUUUUCGCAAACACAUUUUUUGAUCACUCGAGAAGUGGUUUAUUGAUUACUGAUAUCUCUGAUCACUUACCUGUUUUUUCGAUUCAUUCAAAUAAUGACUCUUCCAACAGCCACGCUCAUGACCCAGUGGUCAUUCGAGACAAUAAUAAAGAAAACUUAGCGAGUUUUCUCGAAACGCUAAAACAAAUUACCUGGUCCUCCCUUGAUGGUUAUCAUGACCCCAAAAACGCGUAUAAUAGCUUUAUAAAGAAGUAUUCUGAAAGUUAUAAUGUGUGCUUCCCUGUAAAAAAAUUAACUAGAAAACAGUCCCGUUGAAAUAAACCGUGGCUAUCCAAUGCGCUUAUUAAGUGUAUUAGGAAGAAAAAUAGGCUUUAUAAAAAAUAUCUGCGAAAUCCAACAAUGGAUCGUCAAUCAGUUUACAAAAGUUAUAAAAACAAAUUAAAUCAUUCUCUGCGGACAGCAAAACGUCUAUACUAUGAGAAGAAAUUGAAUAACGUUCAAUCUAAUACUCGUGCUACUUGGAAAGUUUUAAAUGAAAUUCUAAACAGAAGCAAAAGAAAUUCCAAUAGAUGCUCAACAUUUAAAGCUGAUGAUCGUGAAGUUACUGAUCCUGUCGAAAUAUUCAAAAUUAAAUUUCGACAGGAUCAGUAACUUCACGAUCAUCAGCUUUAAAUGUUGAGCAUCUAUUGGAAUUUAAUUUACUUACUUUACUUUAUUAUUACUACUACUUUAUUAUUACUUUACUUCUCUAUCCUUAGUUUUGUACGAAUCAGUUGACUGCAAGGUUAAUUUGAUAUUUGGGUGUCUUCAAUCCCUACAGGAUUAUCCUGGAUUUGUAAGUGGACUACAAAUGGAUCUCUCCUAGCGUAUCAGGGUCAUGGCAUACCCGAGUGGAAAAACAGUGCCAAAUUUUUCCACUUCAUCGUCAACAAAAAUGGCCACGUGCUGGACAGGGUAGACUACAAACACUGCAUCCCUAAAGGCGCGAUCGAGAGUAUUCAAGGGAAGAAAGUAGUAUUCUGUGACGGCACGGAAGAAGAAGUGGAUGUCAUCAUCCAGUGCACAGGAUUCAAAGCAAAUUUCCCGAUGCUCCCACCGGAAAUUUGCUCCGUUCCUCUCAGGGACUAUUACAAAUACGUAAUCAAUAUUGAUGACCCUACCUUAGCUUUUAUCGGCCAUGUCCGACCAGUUAUUGGCUCGGUGAUCUCACUGGCUGAGCUGGGAUCUAUUUUUGUCUCAAAAGUGUUCUCAGGCAAGUGUAAGCUACCAUCGAAAGCUGAAAUGCAGAGAGAAGCUUACAAUGACAAGCGUUUCUGGGAUGAGUACUUCAAGGAUUCCUCUGGACGAUUGUCUACCCUGGUAGAGGGUUACACCUACGGCGAUGACGUGGGGAAGAAGUGCGGAAUAUUUCCCGAUUAUUGGGCACUGUUUAAAAGAAAUCCCCGUGGAGCUUUGACUGCGUUGUUCGCUCCUUUUGAUCCAAGCUGCUUUCGUUUAAAUGAACCGAAACACGAGAAAAAGUCACUGGAGAAUCUUAGAAGACAAGCAUCUGGUACGUUCUCUCCGGUACAUCUGUUGCUUAUAAUGUUCUUGCGUCUGAUUUGGUUCGACUUUUGGCUUGAUAUCCUUAGUGAGAUCAAGUACAAGAUCCAGUGUGCUGCAUGGUGGAAGCCGAUCAGUGGUUCUCGUCCCGUGCGUUUCUUGGACUGGUGUUGGCAGACACCCAAGAGAUUGCUGUUUGAUAACAAAACGAGGGCCUAACAUCUUGACCAUGCUUGAAUGAGUGUUAGUAUUGUUCCCCUUUUUUUAAGAAAAUGUCGACAAGCUAGCUUGCACUGUCGGGACUGUCAACAAUCCCUGGCAACAGAAUCAACUGGACAAUUUGUUUGUGUGCACAUAUCUGAAUUUAAAAUCUCUGUAAUCAAUUUUAUGUAGUGGGUGUAAUGCUUCAAAGAAUUUAAUAAUUUUCGGAAGAUUGCUCCGUAUCGUCAUUUCUAAGUAAAGUGUGACUAAAAUCACACGUAAUUUAUUGCUGUUAAUUAACACUUGACAACUAAUUGAAGAAAGCACUAAAACUUUAAGUUACGUAAUCAUGAUACACCCAAAUCGUCGUGGCAGACUUUAGUUUGCAUGUAUGUGAUGACUAAUUUUCUGUCAAACAUUCUCCUUACUCGGUAUUUAUCUUUCCCUCUGUGAGUAGGAGAGCAAUUUCGAGCUUGAAAGAUCGAGUUAGCAUCUCUUUUUUAUCGUAAUUUUGCUAGGGUACAUUUUUGCUCAGUCUGCUUCAUUGUAUGCGCUUCUCUUUGUAAUCAUUAAUAUUUAUUCAGUUUAUUCUAAUUAUUUCGGUGUUGGGUAUUUUGACUUUAUUCAGGGGUAUAUAAUAUAAUAUAUAAAUAAGUUUGUUUUAGGUCGGUUCGGAAAUCAAAAGUUUUACCAUAUCUUAAAUAUCUUUUGUUAAGGGACAAAGGAUGGUGUUUACAAGCUGUCAGAACAGCUGGACACACUUUAGUAAUAACCAGCAAACCUUUGCUGGUCAGUUAAGCCCUUGGCUAAAAGAUUUUUGCACCGACCUCUUUGGUGUUGGGAUCAAUCAAAAAUAGAAGUUGGACGCACGGUAAUUGUAGGAAACAUCAUAGGUGUAGUUUCAGUCUUUCACAACUUAAGGUUUAACUGAGGUUGAGAAACACCUCUUCAAGUUUGCUCAAGAAACACAUAAACAAGUUCAAAAGAUAGAAAUAGAUAGAUGUAUUCAGCCGUGGAAUAGGAAACAAGCGUUUUCUGUUAACGAAGUUCGUUUACUUAGACCUGGAGUUGGUUCUCACUUUCGCUUCCAAACUUGAAUCAUAAUCAGAUUUCCUAUCUCAUUAAAAUCUAACCUAAGGACACGCGUCCUAACACCUUUCGAGUUCUUUGUUCUCUGUUGAACCAGUUUUAGCCAAAUUUCACUUACUUUUCUGACUUCAAACUAGAAUAUUUUUCGACACAAUCUUAGGAAAAUUUAGUUUCUUUCAAACUAUCGUUUUGGUUCCCUGUAAAGGAAUUUGGGUAGAGAGAUAUUUCUACUUUUGCAAAUUUCUUCCACGCGUAGUAGGAAUCAACUCAAUUUCAGUUCCUUUUGUUCUCUAAACUCUGACACUAACUAACACCUUUUCCUUGCAUAUGAAUGCCAUGUAGAACUGUAAAAAAUCAAUUAU